AUGGCUGCAACCUUAUUCACAAUAAUCGCACUGGUUACAUUCACAUCUACAGCCACUGGUUUAGGUCAAUAUCCUGAAUCAGACCGCUUGGUUGACCAAUGUAUGGCGAAGAUAUCUUCAAGAUGUGCAAUAUAUACCACUGCUGAAAUGUAUGGACAUGGUCCGUUGAAACAAAAUGGAUGCUGUCAAGAAAUUUAUUAUAUGGGACAAUUUUGUCUUAACCUUGUGACAAGGCAUGUAAUCGAGGCCCUUGUACCCAAGCUUGAAGGUGUUCAAAAACAAGACAUUGUUGAGAAAAGCACUCAAAUAUGGUAUCUUUGUGUCCCGGUUUAA